ACACCGACUCGGGUCUCUGCGCCCCCCGUUUAACGGAGCUCGUGACCCGGACUGGUUCCUGACGCCCCCCGCUGCUGCCAGCCGGAGGCCGGAUCACUAGCCGACACCAGCUCGGCGCAUCGGACCCGCACGCGCCGCUCCCCGCUCGGUGCCGCUCGGUGCCGCCCGGAGCCCCGCCGCCAUGGUUCUGCUGGACCUCGCCCUGCAGGGUCUGUCGGUGUUCGGCUUCAUCCUGUUCCUGGUUCUGUGGCUGAUGCACUUCAUGUCCAUCAUCUACGUGCGUCUCCACCUUCACAAGAAAAGGUCGGAGGUCAAGCAGCCGUUUGGGCAGCUGGCCGGAGUGUCUCUGCUGAAGCCGCUGAAGGGCGUCGACGCAAACCUGAUCUCCAACCUGGAGACGUUCUUCACAUUGGAUUACCCCAAGUAUGAGGUGCUGCUGUGCGUUCAGGAUCAAGAUGAUCCAGCCGUCGACGUUUGUAAAAAGUUGUUGGGCAAAUAUCCCAACGUAGACGCUCGAUUAUUCAUAGGGGGAAAGAAAGUUGGAAUCAACCCGAAGAUCAACAACCUGAUGCCGGGCUACGAAGGAGCCAAAUACGGCCUCGUGUGGAUCUGUGACAGCGGCAUCAGAGUGAAACCCGACACCCUGACAGAUAUGACCAAUCAGAUGACAGAGAAGGUGGGAUUGGUCCACGGGUUACCGUAUGUGGCCGACCGCCAAGGAUUUGCCGCCACACUGGAGCAGGUGUAUUUUGGCACGUCCCACCCGCGCUCCUACAUCUCGGCUAACGUGACGGGCAUAAAGUGCGUGACGGGGAUGUCGUGUCUGAUGAGGAAGGACGUGUUGGACCAAGCCGGCGGAUUGGUGGCGUUCGCUCAGUACAUCGCUGAAGAUUACUUCAUGGCCAAAGCCAUCGCCGACCGAGGCUGGAAGUUCUCCAUGGCAACACAGGUGGCGAUGCAGAACUCUGGCUCCUACUCGAUUGGCCAGUUCCAGUCCCGAAUGAUCAGGUGGACGAAGCUGAGGGUCAACAUGCUGCCCGGCACCGUGCUGGAGCCCGUGUCUGAGUGCUUCCUGGCCAGCCUGAUCAUCGGCUGGGCCGCGCACUACAUGUUCAGGUGGGACAUGAUGGUCUUCUUCAUGUGUCAUUGUCUCGCCUGGUUCAUUUCGGACUACAUCCAGCUGACGGGCGUUCAGGGCGGCGCGCUGUGCUUCUCCAAGCUGGACUUCGCCGUGGCGUGGUUCAUCCGGGAGUCCAUGGCGGUGCAGAUCUUCCUGUCGGCGCUGUGGGACCCAACUAUCAGCUGGAGGACCGGCCGGUACCGGCUACGCUGUGGAGGCACCGCGGAGGAGAUCCUCGACGUCUAGGGGCCACGGCCUCCUCCUCCCCUUCACCUGGAGGAGGAGCAGGAGGAGCAGAAGCAGCAGGAGGAGGACGACGACAGAAAGAGACUGAAUUUGUUUUGUUUUUUAUGAGAGAAAAUGGGAGUGUGUGUGUGUGUGUGUGUGUGCUUAUGUGUGUGUGUGUCUGUAUGUACAUGUGUCUGUGUAUGUGUGUAUAUGUUUGUGUGUGUAUAUAUGUUUGUAUGUGUAUAUGUUUGUGUGUGUGUGUGUGCGUGCGCAUUUUAAACUAUUUAUGUAUUUUUUGGUGCUAAAGUAAACGAUGCCAGAACAAGCCAAUGAGAGCGCAGGAUGAGUAAACGUGAGGUAGUGAUGCAUCUCACUAAAUUGUCUGAUCUAUCAGAGAAAACAAAUCAACCAAUCAGGAGAGAGGAGGAGGCACUCUGUCUCCUGAUUGGCUUAGCGGUGGUGAAGCUCAAAAAUAAUUGGAACUGAAUAUGAAGCGAUGACGUUUCAUCAAGACUGAAUACUUUGUGUAUUAUACACAUAUAAUAUAUAUGUAUAUAUAUAUAUAUUUAUCUUAGUUUUCAGUAUUGACACAUUUCUUUUGACAGUUUGUGUCUCUAAUAUUUGCCUAAAUUCAAACUGAUGGUUUUCAAAGUAAAAUAUGUUUCUUCCAGACAGGAAGUAGUUUAAAAGUCUUCAGCUGGUUGAAUUAAUUAUUAAUUAUUAAAAAGUUUUUUGCUUUCAGGAUUUUUGAAAUGAAAAAAAAGAGACAAAAGAGCCUAAAAAAUAAAAGUCUGAUUAUUGGUGUGAAUCCUAAAAAGAGGUUUUCCAAUAAUCAAUCACUAUUCUGAUCAGAAAACACACAACUAUAAACGUUGCGAUUAGUCUCCGGCCAAUCAGAAGGAAGCGUUGACUUAAGAACAAAGAACUAAAACAUUUAUAACUUUGUCUUCUCCUAAUUACAAAAUAUUUAUUUCACGACGUUAAAACUCUAUCUUAAUUUGGUUUUUAAUGAGUUUAAACUUUGUAAAAUGUUUUCCCAAAAUGUGUUACUUUUUAUUUUGUGAAGGAAAAAAUCUCAAUUGAUUAAAAGAAUAAAUAAUUCUUCAAGCGUAAAAGCUGAAUAAUUAUUUAUAGCUCAGAUGUCUUAAUUUAUUAUCUUUAAUUCUUUUGAAUGUUGAGCGGCCAAUGAGAUCACAGAGUUUCUUGAUUUGUGAAUCAAAUUAGUUUUCUAUUUUUUCUAUAUAUAUAUUUUGUGGUUAUGUUUUCAUCCCCAACAAUGAAAGACUUUAAAGUUCAGCACUGAGUCACGGACAUUUCAACAACAACAACAAGUUACACAAUAACUAACAUUUCUGAACUGUGUGUGUGAGUGGCAUGUGUGUGUGGCUGUUAGCGGUUAGCGAAGCCACAGGGGGGGUUUGGUUGAUGACAUCAUCUGCGAGUCGGACGAGCCCCGCCCCCAUCGUUAGGAUUCUUAUUUGUUUAUUGUUGUUUUUUUAUGAUAAUUAUCUGCUGUCGUCUAUGAAACGACCAAUCACAGUGAAGGAUUGUGUCACCACAGGAACAAUAAAGUUUUAUCCUUUGAACUUCAAAA